GGAAGCGAAUUUUCGCCCACAGAAACACAAAUGAAGUCGACACAUUAAUUUUCUAUCCAAAAAGCGCCCUCGACCUUUGCCGUCUCCCUUCUGCAAACCACACAUCCCGAUAACUGCGCCGACAUCACCUCCCCCGCCCCUCGCCCCAAUCAGUCAAGAUGGCCUUCGACAAGGCGGUCAAGAGCAGCGCCUACUACAGCCGCUUCCAGACCAAGUACAAGCGCCGUCGUCAGGGAAAGACAGACUACUACGCUCGUAAGCGCCUCAUCACCCAGGCCAAGAACAAGUACAACGCCCCCAAGUACCGUCUGGUCGUCCGCUUCAGCAACCGCGACAUCAUCACCCAGAUCGUCACCUCAGAGAUUUCCGGCGACAAGAUCUUCGCCGCCGCCUACUCUCACGAACUCCGGGCCUACGGCAUCGAGCACGGCCUAACCAACUGGGCUGCCGCCUACGCCACCGGCCUGCUCCUCGCCCGCCGUGUCCUCAAGAAGCUCGGCCUUGAUGAGACCUUCGCCGGCGUCGAGGAGCCCGAUGGAGAGUUCACCCUGACCGAGGCUGCCGAGCACGACGGCGAGGAUCGAAGGCCCUUCAAGGCUUUCCUUGAUGUCGGCCUCGCGCGAACUUCGACCGGUGCCCGCGUCUUCGGCGUUAUGAAGGGUGCUUCCGAUGGCGGUAUCCUAGUCCCCCACUCGGAGAACCGAUUCCCCGGUUACGAUGUGGAGUCGGAGGAGCUCGACGCCGAGACCCUGAAGAAGUACAUCUAUGGUGGCCACGUCGCCGAGUACAUGGAGAAUCUGGCGGACGACGACGAGGAGCGAUACAAGAGCCAGUUCCAGAAGUACCUCGAGGACGACCUAGAGGCCGACGGUCUCGAGGAGCUCUACACCGAGGCCCACGCUGCCAUCCGAGAGGACCCCUUCAAGAAGGCCGAGAGCGAGGGCCCCAAGAAGACCAAGGAGGAAUGGAAGGCCGAAUCCAAGAAGUACAAGACGCCCAAGUCCACCAAGGAGCAGAAGAUCGAGAGAGUCAAGGCAAGGCUGGCCGAGCUCACCGCCGAAUAAAUGGCCACCGCUUAAGCAUGUGUACCGGGAUUCCUCCUCCCUCCUGACGCUCACGGUUUAUUUUCAGGCACCUGGAGUUUUAUAGGAAUGGCUCAUAGGGUGGUCAUCAAAUGAAUGAAUGAAGUUCAAUAAUCUACGACUCUUCUCCUGUCACGUAGGCACGCACUCCUAAGGAUUGCCACGUAAGCUCUCACCUCUAGUCCACAAACUAACACCUGUUACGCCGGGUGUUCGGUUCCUAGCCUCCCUUA